AUGAUUGUUGCCCUGCUGCUCCUGGCUGCGGUGCAAUCGCUGUACACCUCCUCCUUCUGGGAGAAGAAGGGAAUCAACGUGCGAGACCAACUACUCGACGACGAAAACACACAGGCCGUCUAUCUACAGACCUCUUGCACUGAUGUUGAUCUUAGUGUUCCACCGUACAGCCACAACGGCGUGGUGAUGAGCGGCUACCUGAACGUCAACAAGGCCGGUUCAGGUCUCGGCUUUAUUUUCUACGGUAAGGAGGGAGCCAGCAAGGCCACGCUCAAGAACUUCCCCACCAUCAUCUGGCUCAACGGCGGCCCCGGCUCCUCCAGCCAGCUCGGCAACUUCAUGGAACUCGGACCCCACUUCGUCAGGCCCGCCGCCAUGGCCCCCUACGAGAUCGUCAAGAACAACUACACCUGGGUCAAGGAGUACAACGUCAUCUUCGUUGAUCAGCCAGUGGGUACCGGCCUCUCCUAUGCCGACCCGCAGCACCCAAGCCCCUACUGCAAGAACAUGACCGACGUUGCCAACGAUUUCUACUACGCCCUCAAGGAACUUUACCAGAACCCCAACGGAUGCUUUAACAAGUCGGAAUCACCGGAGCGCAUCCCCUCUUCGUGUUCGGAGAGAGCUAUGCCGGAAAAAAAUAAAGGAUUUUUGACCGGACUUAAGGGAGUUGCUAUUGGUGAUGGGUUCACUCAUCCUUAUCACAUCCUGACCCAAGAGCGCUUCCGACAGUGGGUGGACCUCCACGACACCUUCGACCUCGCCCUCGACCUCAUCGUCAACAUGAGCGGAGGAGUCAACGUCUACGACAUCACCAAGUACAGGGAAUACCCCGUCGAACUCAUCGCCUCCUUCCUCGAAAGCCCAGACAACAAGAAGAGGUUCGCCCUCAACGAUGGAGUCACCUUCGGAAAACAGAGCGGCAACGUCUAUGAAGCCCUCUACGCAGAUUUCAUGUACCAGUAUGUACACCUGGUCGAAAUGCUCCUCGAAGCCAAGGUCAACGUCCUCAUCUAUAACGGCCAGAACGAUCUGAUCGUCGAAACCCCAGGAACCUUCAAGUGGCCUUGGAAGGUGAAGGACAAGGUGGCGGGUUUCUACAAGAUCGUCGGCAAUCUGGAGUUGAGGACUGUGAACGACGCUGGACAUUUGGUGCCGAUGGACCAGGGCGAGAACUCCCUGGAGAUGGUGAAGAGCUUCGUGAAGAGGUCACUGUGA